AUGUCGGCGAUGGGCUUCCUCCCCGGCCUCAACAGCAGCAUCGGGACAGAGGUCGCCGGCUUGAUCUCGGAGCUCGGCUCCGGUGCCGCCGCUCGCCGCCCGGGCCUCGCGCCCGGCACCCGCGCCAUCGCGCUCGCGCUGCGCUCGGGCGCCCCCGGCGCCGCUUCGCACGUGACGGCGCCGGCGGAGAUGAUUGUGCCGCUGCCGGACGGCGUGCCGCUGGCGGAAGCUGCCGGGUACCUAGGGACGCACCUGGCGGCCAGGUACGCGCUGGUCGACCGGGCGCGGCUGGCGGCCGGCGACACGCUGCUGCUGCACAGCGCGCUGGGCGGCAUGGGCCAGGCCGCGCUGCGCAUCGCGCAGCGCGUGGGCUGCCGCAUCAUUGCCAGCGCGGGGUCGGCUGCUAAGAGGGAGCGGCUGGCGCGGGAGCCUGGGGUGGUGGCGGUCCUGGACUCGCGGGCGCCGCCGGCCAGCUGGGGCCCCACCGUGGCAGCAGCCACGGGCGGGCGAGGCGCGGACGUGGUGCUCAACAGCCUGUCCGGCGCGGGGCUGGUCGGGUCGCUGGCGCUGGUGGCGCCUGGCGGGCGGUUUGUGGAGGUGGGCAAGCGCGACAUCCUUGGGGGCACGCCCCUGGACCUGAGCCUGCUCAAGCGCAACAUCAGCUUCAUUUCAGCCCACAUUGACAUCCUGGAUCAAGACGACCCAGCAGCGUUUGUGGAGCUGCUCAACAACAGCGCGGCAGAGGUCUUCGCUGACGUGGCGGCUGGCCGCGCCCCGGAGGUGCAUGUGCUGCCCUUCGACCCGCCGACCGCUGUCCAGGCGCUUCGCAAGCUCGCCAGCGGCACCCACACGGGCAAGCUGGUCCUGGAGAUGCGGCCAGGAUGGGCGCCAGGCGCGGCCGAGCUCGCGGCGGCGCCCCUCGUCCGCGUGGCGCCCGCUGCGCCCAUGCCGCCGGCGCAGCCGCGGGCGCAGCCUCCUGCGCCCGCCCCGCCGCCGCGCCAGGCCGCGGCAGCGGCCGCGCGGGCCGUGGAUGCAAGCGGCUGGGGCGCCAGCGCGGCGCCGGCGGCAGGGACAACCGCAGGCGGCGCCAGCUGGGAGCUGGGGAUGACGUCGCCCGGGCAGCUGUCAUCGGUGGGCUUUGUGGAGGCGCGGCUCCCGCCACUGCGGGAGGGCGAGGUCCGAGUAGAGGUGGCAGGCAUUGGCCUCAACUUCAGGGAUGUAAUGGUCGGCCUGGACCUGCUGCCGGGCUUCAAGGUGCCCCUGGGGCUGGAGCUCUCUGGCCUAGUGGCGGAGGUCGGCCCCGGCGUCGCGGACGCGCUGCCCGCGCUUUGCUGCGGCGCGCGCGUCGCCGCCAUCCUGCUCGACGUGCUCAGCCCCAUUGCAGCCGGCCGGGCAGCCGGGGCGGCGGCAGCGGCGGCCGCGCCGCCGGGCGCCGCCGGGCUGGUGGCAGUGCCAGCGGCGCUGUGCGUGCCGCUGCCGGAUGGCGUGCCGCUGGUCGAGGCGGCGGGGCACCUGACUACGCACCUGACGGCGCACUAUGCGCUCAUUGAGCGCGCGCGCCUGGCGGCCGGCGACACGCUGCUGCUGCACAGCGCGCUGGGCGGCCUCGGCCAGGCGGCGCUGCGAGUCGCGCAGCGUGUGGGCUGCCGCAUUAUUGCCAGCGCGGGGUCCCCUGCUAAGAGGGAGCGGCUGGCGCGGGAGCCGGGGGUGGUGGCGGUGCUGGACUCGCGCGCGCCGCCGGCCAGCUGGGGCCCGACCGUGGCAGCCGCCACAGGCGGGCGCGGCGUUGACGUGGUGCUCAACAGCCUGUCCGGCGCGGGGCUGGUCGGGUCGCUGGAGCUUGUGGCGCCUGGCGGGCGGUUUGUGGAGGUCGGCAAGCGCGACAUCCUUGGAGGCACGCCCCUGGAUCUCAGCCUGCUGAAGCACAACAUCAGCUUCAUAUCCGCCCACGUGGAUAUGCUGGCCCAGGACAAUGCGGAGACCCUCGUCAGG